AUGAGUGAUCAAGGUGUCGAAGGUGUCGAUCCCAGUGGUGGUGUGGUCAACAAGAAGCCACUGCUCAAAAAUCUCUUGCGCAACUGGGCCAAGGGCCAGCGCCUUGCUUUUCUCGAAGGAUUUAUCGCCGACUACAAGGAGGCUUUGCAUACCAAGAAGAAAGCCUCUUCUGUUCUGGACGCCAUUGUCAACCAAUGGUUUACUCACUUUCACUGGACUAUCCCUCUGUCUUCUGGCAACUCUGCAACUGCUACUGUCCUUCCAAUGGAUGCCCAGGGCCACGAGAUCUUGAGCCCCACAGAUGCAAUCCUCAAAGGCAGAGUAAUUGAGUGUGCGCACACAUCUCUUUACCACUGGUACGAAUACCGAUGCAAACGGACAGUUCCUCAGAUGGGUAAAGGCAAGAAAGACCCCAUCUCCCUCCUACUUCAAAAGCUUCUCAGGUGUAGCACGUCGCCUACUAGGCGUAGCGCAGGUUGGGAGACUUGGGGGAAGGAGAACUUCGCGUCAUUGAAGGCAGAGUUUGAGGCAGACUUUGCGGAGCUUGAUGAAGAUACGCAGAAUCACUGGAAUGAGGUUGCGAAAACAAAGUAUGAGGAGGUCAAAAAGGUUGCGCAGGAGCGCACAGAUAAUUCUGGGCUACUAAGUCCAGCAGAGGCUCAAGCAGUUUUAAAUGACCUCCCAAGUGUUUUUGGACCCACGAUUCAAUCAAUAGGUGAAGCACUGGGCAUGCAUGUUACGGUUUUGAUCGGGGGGCCAGAACCAAGCAAAAAAGGGCAACUCAAUAUGAUCGGUAUACAUCAUGGCGAGAACAAAGCUGCCGUCCCUAAAGUAUGGCCUUUGGCUGAAAAGGAGAAGUGUGCUCUGGUAAAGGAUGCCUUUAUUUUGUUCCUGGGUACUUGUUAUUCCAUUGAGGAACAGUGCACAUGGGCGUUACCCCAACCACCCACUCCAGUCAACACUAACAUAUCCACGACGGAGGGGUACCUACCACUUAUAUGA